ACAGUUCAGCUGACGAGGAUGGAAUAUGCCAUGAAGUCUCUCAGCCUUCUCUCUCCCAAGUACCUCUCCAGGUAUGUGGCAGUGAGCACCUCAGUGGUGACACAGCAGCUGCUGUCGGAACCCAGCCCUGAGACCCUCCGGGCCCGGCCCUACAGAGUGAGCACUGCUGACCGGAGUGUGCGGAAGGGCGUCAUGGCGUACAGCCUUGAGGACCUCCUCUACAAGGUCCGGGACAUCCUGAUGCUGGCAGACAAGCCUUUCUUCCUGGUGCUGGAGGAAGAUGGCACAACUGUAGAGACAGAAGAGUAUUUCCAAACCCUGGCAGAUGACACAGUGUUCAUGGUCCUCCAGAAGGGGCAGAAAUGGCAGUCUCCAUCAGAACAGGGCACUAGGUACCAACUCUCCCUCUCCCGUAAGCCUGCCAAGAAGAUUGAUGUGGCCCGUGUAACCUUUGACCUGUAUAAGGUGAACCCACAGGACUUCAUUGGCUGCCUGAAUGUAAAGGCAACUCUCUAUGGCACAUAUUCCCUUUCCUACAAUCUGCACUGCUAUGGGGCCAAGCGUAUCAUGAAGGAAGCUAUUCGCUGGGCCCUCUUCAGCAUGCAGGCCACAGGGCACGUUCUGCUUGGCACCUCCUGUUACAUGCAGCAGCUUCUGGAUGCCACAGAGGGAGGGCAGCCCCCCAAGGGCAAGGCUCCAUCCCUCAUCACAACCUGUCUGAAGAUGCUGCAAUGAAGGCCCAAGUCCUCAGAGGCCUUCCCCAGCCAAGGACUACA